AACGCCGGUGUUGUCAUGAGUGAUGACUCAGUUGUGACUCUGUGAGUGCAGUCUACGUCAGCAAUGGUAUUUAAUUAUCUGAAAAAAAGGACCACUUUGGAAAGGAUGGUCUGGUCUCACGGACUUGAGUGUGCAAGACUAUGUGCGCCCCAUGUGCUUCAUUGGUCAGCAAAGUAGUGCACACAGCUUUGACUUGUUCUCAGAAAAAGAAUGCAGUAGCCAAAGUUGGCUUUAUGUCUUAUCCAUCCUCUAUCCCAUAUACAGCCUCAUAACACUUUCCUAAUCGCCUAGUAUGCUAUCUUCAAAUCAGUAUUACUUUCAUAGUUGUUCGAUCAUGAGUUUCUGAAGCUGACCAUGGCCAUUUGGGUUUGGGGCGCACUCUUUCUCCCUGGUAUCUUUCAAGCCUUGAAUAUACUAUCUGUUCUUGGGGUUUGGGGGGUUCUUGUAACGAAGAGUGGAGCUGCAGAUUUUCAAGAACAGCGAGCUUGUAUUCCUUUCUCCUGUAGACAUCUUGAAGAUAUCGGGUACCCUUUCCGUUUACGAGGCGAUCCACUUGGCUGUGGUGUUGAAUCUUAUGAGCUAGAUUGCAGAGAUGGAAGAGCUAUAAUUCACAUCAACACUGGAAAAUAUUUUGUGACUGACAUCUCCUAUAAUGAGUCUAGAUUUUGGGUUGUUGAUGCUAAUUUAGACAACAGCAGCUGUCCUCUUCCACUGUGGAAUAGCUUUCCCUACUUCAAUGAAAUUGACACUGAGUUGUACAUUGUUGCAGCUCGGUGGGCUACAUUUCUGAAUUGCUCACGGGUGAUAAACAAUGGAAUGUACAUGCCUGUUGCUUGCUUGAGUGGGAAUAGUUCUUUUGUUUAUGUCUUGACUACACCAAGCUCUUACUAUGUUCAAAGCAUCGAGCCUUCUUGUGGGUACUUAGCUGUGAUUCCUGUGAAUGAUAGUAGAGAGAAUGUACCAGACUAUGCAAGCUAUGCAGAUGUUGUAAGAUUCAUGAGGAAUGGAUUUCCUGUUUUGUUUCCUCGCGUUAAAUCCCAGAGUCAUUCUCCAGUCAUCAAAGCAUGUGCAAGAGAUACAUUCCAAAACUUCAAGGGGCAAAUAUCUAGUAGGAACAUUCAGAACUGGACUUCUGCCGUCAUUGGGACUGAGAUGGAAUUUUUGGGAUGUGUAAUUAAUGAUUACUCUAAUGUUGCACAAGUGUGGGUUACUCUCAUUCUGGUACUUGCCAUAGAGAUUGUUAAGUGCAUUAUAGUACUAUGCAGAUUCAUCCUGGCACCACUGACUGUUUUGACUUUCCUUGGUUACAAAUACCGGAAACAAAGGAUAUCCAUCGAUGCAGUAGAGAAAUUUCUCCAGAUGCAGCAAGCUCUUGGUCCAAAGAGGUAUGCAUACACAGAAAUUACUGCAAUCACAGGCCAUUUCAGAGAGAAGCUAGGCCAGGGGGGCUAUGGUUCUGUGUACAAAGGUUUCCUUCCUGGUGAUGGUCAUGUUGCUAUCAAGAUGCUGAGCAACUCCAUGUGCAAUGGAGAAGAAUUCAUCAGUGAGGUUUCCACCAUUAGCAGGAUACACCAUGUGAAUGUGGUACGCCUUGUUGGGUUUUGCUCAGAGGAACUUAGGAGGGCUCUCCUAUAUGAGUACAUGCCCUGUGGGUCUCUAGACAAGUACAUUUUCUCACCCGAGAAGAGUCUGUCUUGGGACAAGCUCAACGAGAUUGCUCUAGGAAUUGCUAGAGGGAUCGACUACUUGCAUCAUGGUUGUGACAUGCAGAUUAUGCACUUUGACAUCAAGCCACACAACAUCCUUCUCGAUAGCAACUUCACUCCAAAAGUUGCUGACUUUGGGCUGGCCAAACUGUAUCCCAGGGAUGACAGCUUGGUGCCGAUGAGUGCUGCACGGGGAACAAUAGGGUACAUAGCUCCUGAGAUGAUAUCUCGAAGCUUUGGCGCCAUUUCAUGCAAGGCCGAUGUUUACAGCUUUGGGAUGUUAUUGCUGGACAUUUCUGGUGGAAGGAGGAACAGGGAACAGCAUGCAUCCAACUCAGCUCAUCCUUAUUACCCAGCAUUGGUGUAUGAUUCUCUAACUCGACAAGAAGCGAGCAAGAUUCCAGAGGAUGUUGCUAUGCACUGGGUAGAGAGGAAGUUGUGCAUUGUUGGGUUCUGGUGCGUUCAGAUGAAACCGAGUGAACGGCCUUCCAUGAGCGAGGUUGUGGAGAUGCUCGAAUCUGAUGACCCUGACAACCUGCAGGUUCCUCCGAGACCUUUCUUUGGUGUGGAUGAUCAUAUCUCUGAGAUGGAUUCUUGCUGCCAUUCUGCAUCAAAGUCAAAUUCAAUCACAGAGGAUGACUGAAGCAAUCCUGCUUAUCAGCUUAUGCAUGGAUAUAUUCAGUCCAUGCUUAUACAAUAUGGGAUGUUUCUUAUAGAUGUUGACAUGAAAAUUAAUAGGACUAUGGAACAUUUCUCACUGAUCUCUUCAGGUGGGCAUAUCUUUCAGCAGUGCACGAAUUGUGCUGCAUAGAAAGGUGAACUAAUAAUGUGUUUUGAUUGAUGAACAUUGAUAUGGGCAGAAAUUUGGUCCAGUUUGAUGACACCUGUUUUUCUGUGGCACACGUGCUUCCAUGGCAUUUCUGUUCUGAAGACAUGUGAAAUUUGGUCAAGUGAAAGCCAUUGUC